UCUCUCUCUCCCCCUCAUUUUAUUCGUGCGAUUUCUCUGGCCAGAGAGAUUCGAUUUGUUGCAAUUGAUUAGAUCGGAAAAUGUCCGCUGCGCCGUCUCCGGGAGCUACUCCGGCACCAGCUCCGCCGUCUCCUCCCACGAACUCCACAACCCACCCGCCUCCCACCGCCACCCCCCCUCCAUCUCCUCCGCCACCAGACACCAACACCACCGCACCGCCGCCGCCGACACCUUCUCCACCGGCAUCCUCUCCGCCUCCGGAUUCGACUCCCACGCCAGUCACUCCGUCUCCUCCGUCUCCGAACACACCGUCACCGCCGGAGACUCGGAGCCCGCCGUCGAGUCCCUCGAGUGGAAGCUCUCCGCCUCGGACACCGUCUGGUCCGGCGGAUUCUUCGCCGUCUCCUCCGUCGGAUUCCGCUGCGAUAUCAUCGGGAGUGGUGGCUGGGAUUGUGAUCGCUGGAGUUGCCCUGCUCGUGGUGUUGACUCUGUUGUUUCUCUGUUGUAAGAAGAAACGUAGAAGAAGAGACGAUGAAGCUGGUUACUACGUUCCGCCGCCACCUCCUAAAGAUGGGCCUUACGGUCAUCAGCGGCCGCAGUACUGGCAGCAACAGAACGCACCUCCACCGUCCGACCACGUGUUGACUUCAGCGCCGGCGAAGCCUCCGACCCCUCCGCCGCCCCCGCCCCUGGCUCCUGUCAUGAGCAGCAGCGGUGGCUCUGGCUCCAACUUCUCGGGACCAGACAAUCCGAUCCUUCCCCCUCCUCCUCCUCCACCGGCACUCGUACUGGGUUUCUCAAAGAGCACGUUCACGUACGAGGAACUUGCGAGGGCGACCAACGGAUUCUCGGAGGCGAAUCUGCUCGGACAAGGCGGGUUCGGGUACGUGCACAAGGGCUUGUUGCCUAACGGGAAGGAAGUGGCUGUGAAGCAGUUGAAAGCCGGGAGUGGUCAGGGAGAGAGGGAGUUUCAGGCAGAGGUGGAGAUCAUAAGUCGUGUUCAUCACAAGCAUUUGGUUUCGCUCGUCGGCUAUUGCAUCACGGGACAUCAAAGGAUGCUCGUCUACGAGUUCGUUCCCAACAACACCUUGGAGUUUCACCUGCACGGGAAGGGACGCCCGGCCAUGGAUUGGGGCACCAGAUUGAAGAUUGCUCUUGGAGCUGCCAAAGGGCUUUCAUAUCUCCAUGAAGAUUGUAACCCUAAAAUCAUUCACCGUGAUAUCAAGGCGGCUAACAUACUAUUGGAUUUCAAGUUUGAGGCUAAGGUUGCUGAUUUCGGUCUUGCAAAAAUCGCUUCCGAUACCAACACUCAUGUGUCUACCCGAGUGAUGGGGACUUUCGGGUAUUUGGCUCCAGAAUACGCUUCGAGCGGGAAACUCACGGAAAAGUCCGACGUUUUCUCCUUCGGUGUGGUGCUCUUGGAACUAAUAACUGGCCGCCGUCCUGUUGAUUCGGACAAUGCCUUUACAGAUGACAGUUUGGUGGACUGGGCACGGCCUUUGCUUAGCCGAGCGGGUGAGGAAGGAAAGUUCGACGGUUUAGCUGAUCCAAAGCUGAACAAUGAGUACGAUGACGAGGAGAUGGCUCGGAUGGUGGCCUGUGCUGCUGCAUGCGUUCGCCAUUCCGCUCGUCGUAGACCUCGCAUGAGUCAGAUUGUUCGGGCGCUCGAAGGGAAUGUAUCUUUAUCGGAUCUGAACGAAGGGAUAAGGCCGGGUCACAGCACGGUGUACAGCUCAUACGGAGAAAGCACAGACUAUGACACGAACCAAUACAACGAGGACAUGAAGAAGUUCAGGAAAAUGGCGUUGGGGACGCAAGAGUACGGGGCAAGCAGCGAGUACAGUAACCCGACCAGCGAGUACGGGAUUUACCCGUCGGGUUCGAGCAGCGAGGCCCAAACUACUCGGGAAAUGGAGAUGGGGAAGAUCAGGAAAGCCGGCCAUGGCUACAGUGGACCAUCUUCUUAGCCAAAUUCAAAGGAAAAAGACCGGUGGAUUGCAGGUUUUUAACUGUAAAGAUUCGAGGAAAUGCUUCGUAAUUCUAAUUGAUACAUACGUACGAUAUAAGAAGGUGAUUUCUGGGGUUUUUUUGUUUGUAUUGUGGAUAUUGAGGCCGAGGAUUCUGAGUUUGAUCAUUCUUUUAUUCUUUUUGUAUUGAAGCUGUAAUGUUGAUGCCAAUUGUUGAGGUUUCUGAUUUCUCUU